GCAAAGAAACGUACGAAAAACUAACUGAAAACUAGCAAAAAAAAAAAAAAAGUUGAAAAGUGCAAGAAAAUUACAUGAAAAAAAAGUACAAGAAAACUACCUUAAAAAUAGCACACACAAAAAAAGAAAAGUGCAAGAAAACUAGUAAACUGGAAAAUUAGUGAAAAAAGUACAAGAAAAAUACCUUAAAAUUGGCAAAAUAUAGUUAAAGUCCAAGAAAAAUACUCGUAAAUUGGCAAAAAAAAAAAAGUAGUAAAAAGUACAAGAAAAAUACCUUUUAAAAAUAGCAAAAAAAGUAAAAAGUGCAAAAAAAAAAAGACCUGAAAAUUAGCAAAGAAAUGUACGAGAAAACAAACUGAAAAUUAGCCAAAAAAAGUUGAAAAGUGCAAGAGAAUUACAUGAAAAUCAGUGAAAAAAAGUACAAGAAAACUACCUGAAAGUUAGCAAAAAAAAUGGUUAAAAAGUACAGGAAAAAUACUCGGAAAUUGCCAAAAAAAAAAAAAAAAUAGUAAAAAGCACAAGAAAAAUACCUUAAAAAUGUGGACAUUUUCCCUGGCUUAUUUUUAAUUAUUAUUUUUAUUUUUGUUAUUUAUAUGAUUAUUAUUUUCUACAUCUUCUAUUUUCUUGCAGUUUGUGGGACGUGUUUUGCCACAAGUUUUUUCCUUGUUUGAAGAAAAUUAAAGCAAGUUGCUCAGGGUUCAAAGGUUUCAAUACUUGCGACAGAUGUAUGAAAGCAGCACAAGGCAAGUGAUGUCAAUCCAGGUUUCAAAAUUUGAAACUCAAACUAAACAUGUAGGUGACUGUAUUGUAUUUACUUUGUCCUUCUGUACCCUGGUGAAGAGUCCAAAUCACACACAGUUAUGUGUUGGUAUAAUUAGUUGCAGGAGGGUUUAGGUCAUCCCUCCACCCCUCUCUUCCUGUGAUAAACACAGAGCCGACAUGAAGUGAGAUAAACAAUCACACAUUUACAAGAGAGCAAACAGGAGGAGAGCUCGUAGACGUAGCAUGAGCCCUACUGUGAUACGACGAUGUCUCUGUUGGAGCUGAUACAAGAGGGUCAAGAGGUGCUGACCGGACUGCUCCACAAUCUGUCUGCGUCUAUCAGUCUGUUGACCCGACACUCACACAGCAGGAGCUGUGCACUGACAGAUGACAUCAUGCAGAGGGAGGAUGGUCCUCUGUGUGCAGCAGAAAUCGGCUCCGAACUCCAGAAACAGUUCGCCAUCCUGCCAGGGGGCCGCGGGAUGAACGGCAGCCCCAUCAUCGUCUUCCCAGAGUUCCCCGAUUUCAGCGAGCUGGAGGAGGAGGAGAUCCAAAAUGUCCUUGGCUACCUCAGCAGCAUCCCCAGCGUUGCAGCAUCAGGAGUGGGAUUCAUCCUGGUCAUCGACAGACGACUGGACCGAUGGGCCGCUGUCAGGGCUACCCUGCUCCGCAUCGCAGGUUCAUUUCCAGGGAACUUACACUUGGUUCUGGUGCUGCGUCCCACUACUUUGCUCCAGCGGACUCUAUCAGACUUCCUGUUCAAGUACAACAAGGAUGAGUUCAAAAUGAAGGUGGUGAUGCUGAGUUCGGUGACUGAGCUCCACGCCUACAUCGACCCUGGACAACUGACCACGGAGUUGGGAGGCUCGCAGGAAUACUGCCAUGACAGCUGGAUCUCACACCGCACUGCAAUCGAGGCGUUCGCCCUCAUGGUGAAGACCACGGCUCAGACCCUGCAGGCGUUUGGCACUGAGCUCGCAGAGACAGAACUACCCAACGAUGCCGAGGCCACCACCAACCUGCUGCACACACACACUCUGAAGAAGGAGAGAAUGAAGGAGGACCUGCAGGUGGCGCUGUCUCAAGGGGGACGUCUGUUGGAGUGCAUCAAUGAGCCUCUACAGACAGACCCUGAGUACAGCAUGACCUACGAUGAAGUGGAAAACUUAGCUACUGUACAAAGACUCCUCGGUCAGCUGGACGAAACAGAGACAGCGUUCGAAGACUUCUGGGAGCGUCACCGCACCAAGCUGGAGCAGUGUUUACAGCUCCGCCAUUUUGAAAAGCACUUCCGUGAAGUGCGUGCCCAGCUUGACGUGACAUCCGAGCGCUUGUCUGGUUUCUCAGAGGUCAGCAUAAGCCCCGCCCAUGCUGAGCACGUUCUCCGAGAGCUCAGAGGCCACGAGGACAAAGCCAGUGACGCACUAGACCGUGCCAUGUCCCUGGCUGGUGAAGGUGACAGGCUGAUAGAGAACUCCCACUAUGCCGAGGACUCCAUCAGGCCGAAAUGCAGCGAGCUGAGAGCAGUGUGCGAGGAGAUCAACUCCACGCUGCGGAGCAAGAAGGGCCUACUGCUCAGGGCCAUGGAGCUCCACCACGCUCUGGAGAAGGCGUCACGGUGGUGUGAGGAGGGCAUCUUCCUGUUGGCAAGCCAGCCAGUGGACCGCUGUCAGUCUCAGGACGGAGCCGAAGCAGCACUGCAAGAACUGGAGCGAUACCUGGACACAGCGCCGCUGCACACCCUCACCGACCGCAGCGCCAUCUGCUGCCAGUAUGAGGCAGUGUUAACUACUCACCUCAGGGACCAGAUAGAGAAAGUUUUCCAGAAGCAAAGUUCUGUCCAGGAGAUGUUUGAGAAGAGACGUGUCAGCCUGAAGAAACUCGCUGCUAAACAGACCAGACCAGUCCAGCCAGUAGCACCGAGGCCUGAAGUGAAGUCUCCACUGUCCUCUCCCAAUCAGCAGAGAAAAGAGAGAAGAUACUCCGCAGAUAAUGCCAUCAAAAAGGUGGAGUCUCCCCUUCACAACGGUGGCACCAGACAUGCUUCUCUCUCAGAGGAAGAAGAAAACCUGGCAGUGCUUCGGCGCCACGUGAUGAAUGAACUGCUGGAGACGGAGAGAGCGUAUGUGGAGGAGCUACUGUGUGUGCUGGAGGGCUACGCAGCUGAGAUGGACAACCCUGCCAUGGCUCACCUCAUCCCCAGCACCCUGCUGAGCAAGAAGGUCGUCUUGUUUGGCAACAUGUCGGAAAUCUACGAGUUUCACAAGAGGACAUUUCUAAAGGAACUGGAAGCAUACACUGACUGCCCAGAGCUAGUGGGCCGCUGCUUUUUAGAGAGGAUGAAGGACCUACAGAUCUACGAGGCGUACUGCCAGAACAAACCUCGCUCUGAGAGCUUGUGGAGACAGUGCUCCGACUGUGCCUUCUUCCAGGAGUGCCAGAAGAAGCUGGAACAUAAACUUGGUUUGGACUCCUACCUCCUUAAACCUGUCCAGAGAAUCACCAAGUACCAGCUACUGCUCAAGGAGUUGUUGAAGUACAGCAAAGGCUGUGAUGGCUGCGACGACCUACAGGAAGCACUCUCCUCCAUCCUGGGGAUCCUGAAAGCCGUUAACGACUCCAUGCACCUCAUCGCCAUCACAGGAUACGAGGGUAACCUGUCAGAGCUGGGUCGCCUGCUGAUGCAGGGCUCCUUUAGUGUGUGGACGGAGCAUAAAAAAGGUCACGCCAAGGUCAAGGACCUGGCUCGGUUCAAGCCCAUGCAGAGGCACCUGUUCCUGCACGAGAAGGCGCUGCUCUUCUGUAAGAAGAGAGAGGAGAACGGCGAGGGCUAUGAGAAAGCGCCGUCCUACAGCUUCAAACACUCGCUCAGUAUGAGUGCGGUGGGCAUCACAGAGAGCGCCAAAGGAGACAACAAGAAGUUUGAGAUCUGGUGCAACUCCAGAGAUGAAGUUUUUAUUGUCCAGGCUCCGACGCCAGAGAUUAAAACAGCGUGGCUGAACGAGAUCCGAAAAGUUCUGACCCAACAGCUCAAAGCCUGCAGAGAUGCCAGUCAGCAGAAGAGCUCCGACUCUGUCUCCCCGAGUCCCACCAGCAACACCUCCAUCUCCCUAAGUCCCUUUCGUAGCAGCGGCCAGAAAAACCAGAAGAAGCAAGAGGAGAAGAAGGCGGAGACGAGCUCGGUGUCCGACUCCUCGUCUUCACCCAAACAUAAAGAUGAACCAGUGACCAGUCCAACCACUGACAGGUCUUCAGUGGCUAAAAAGCGUUUUACUUUGCAGGGCUUCAGCAAUCUCAAGAGUCCGAAAGGCUCGGCCCUGAGCCCCGAGCACAGCUCCAAACGCCACUUGGUCAAGAGUGACCCCACACCCUUUGGGUUCAAAGGCUGGAACAAGGCGUCACUCUCGGUGGACGCCUCCGAAGAGAACGAUGGGUACUCCAGCGGCGAGGACCCCAUGAACUCUGACCCCGAGGAUGAUGUAGGAAGGAAGCUGGCUCCGGGGAAGUACACAGUGGUGGCAGACUGCGAGAAGGCGGGACCUCAGGAGCUGUCUGUCAAGAGUGGAGACAUGGUCCAGCUGAUCAGAGAAGGAGAGGAGGGGCAGUGGUUCGUGAAGAACCUCCGCAGCAGUAAGGAGGGCUGGGUGUCCGCCGCAAACCUCCUCAGCCUCAUCUCAGAGUCCAAGUCGUCCCAGUCACUCAGCAGCUCAGAUGGCAGCGUCUCCGGGAACCUCAGCACUUCCUCCAGCUGCAGCGAGACCUACACCAGCUUCUCCGACAUCAAACCCUGACCUGCGAGCACUGAUUUCUGUGUGGAAUUACAAAAACCUCCAGGAGGACAGAAGCAAAGUGUUUCGUCACGGACCAUCAACGUCACAGUUUGUCGGAUCGAACCAAAAAUCGAAACCAUCACUGUAUCUGCGAAUGUUAGCAGUGUAUUUACAGCCACCUGUGAGUCUCACGCAAACGGACAAUAGCUCUUCUUUUUACCUUGAACGUGGGUAGAAGUUUAAGUGGCAGAAAAUUCAGAAAGCAUCAGGGAAAAAUAGUUCCUCGACACACACGUUACAGUCAUGUCCAGUCUUAUAUUUAAUCCCUUAUAUGUAGCAUUGAAGGCGACACGUUUAAAGAAUAUCUGCACUAAACGUGAGCUCUCACCAGCUCAUGAAACCCCUUCAAGUGGAUAACAUCACAGCAUAGCGGCAGAUUCUUGUGUGAAACAUGGACAGGUACAGAUACUAUCAGACCGGUAUUUCACAUGAUGCUUUAGUGUCAAACAUUAAUCGUACACUGUGAAAACUGGCAGCUGGCUGCAACAAGAAGAAAUGCUUUGGGUGCAUCGUGGAGCAUCUGUGAGCAGGUCAGAUGUGCAGGGCGUGUUACUGUAAGUCUUGUUUUUGUAUGUGGGAGACAUACUGGGUGAAGUGUGUUGAAUCCCUUGUAGUUUCUGGCAGGCCAGUGGUGUCAAAGUAGUUUUCAUUUCUCAUUCAAGGAUGCUGUAUUCCUCCCUUGUUAAUAAGAGCUUCCUGUUCCCUAGUUUCACAGUUUAUAAGAAGUAUCACCGGGUGAAUGUCACCAACAGCACGACCUGGUGGUCAGAUGUCAUGCACUUCUCCAGCGACACAUACAAAUCACUUAACAAGAGUGCGGCAGCUUGGAACAACUUUUGAACCUCUUUCUUUCCCCCAAGAGUAAUUGUCUAACUCGCCUCUGAACUGUUCUGGAUUUACCUCUCAGGAAGCCCAAGAAGUUGCGUGGGCAGGCAGGUGUGACUGCAUACCUGCUUGUGUUGACUACAUGUCUUUGUGUGUGAGCAUUCCUGCGUGUGUUGUGCUUCAGAACAAAUCCAACAAGCUGAUGUGACAGGCUCCCAGGGUGGCUAUUUGGCCACAGACAGCAGCUGGUUCAGACAAGUUCCCAUUUAGGGAUGUUUUAGCGACGUCAUGCAUUUACCUGCUGAGCAAAGUUAAAGGGAUAGUUCAGAUUUUUUGAAGUGGGGUUGUAUGGGUUACUUAUCCAUUAGCAGUGUAUUACACACAGUAGAUGUCAGUCAGCACACCCCCAGUUUGGAGAAGCAGGCUGGAGUCUGACAUGGAGGAUAAGUAAUAUACUGCUGUGGAUGGGGGCCGGCAACAAAGCAUAUUUUAGCCACCUAAAAAAAGCCCCAGCUAAAGAAAAUCAACAUCAGCGUAAGUGUACACUAUAUUGAGAAUAUCUUUACUACUUUACCUUAAUGUCAGAGCAUGAUUUUCAACUGGAAAAUGAAGCUGUUAAAUUGCUCUCUUCACAGCCAGACUCCAUUGAGAAAAACAGCGAUUUAACAGAGCUGAACACAGGAGCUGCUGGUCUAUUACUGCCUUAAUCAGUUGGUUUGUUUGUGUAAUAGUGUGACUUCGGGGUUUAAACGGAUUAGUUUAGAGUCACAAAAGUCACACAAUAACACAAACUAACUAACUAAACAAGGCAGCAGUAGACCAGCAGCGCCUGUGUUCAGCGAGCUAAAAUUACCGUUUUUCUCAAUGGAGUCUGGUGGCUUUGAUGAGUGCAUAGAUGGGGCUGUCAGACAGAAGGGUAAAGUUGUGAAAAUACUCUCAAUAUAGCAUAUUGACUUUUUUCAUAGGUGGGACUUUUUAGGAGCCUAAGACAUUUUGUUGCUGGCCCCCAUCCACAGCAGUGCAUUGCUUAGCUUCCGUGUUAGCCUCCAGCCUGCCUCUCCAAACUGUGGGCGUGCCAGCUGACGUCUACUUAUUGUAAUACACUGACUACGGCUCAGUACCCCAUACACCACUUUAAAAAAGAUCCAAACUAGAAACAACCACCCUCAAUACUCUGCAUAUAAAUCUAAUUUUGGCUCCAUGUCUGCUGCACUCACCUAUCUUUGGUGUGCACUGCAGCAACAAAAGCAGGCUUUGUCCCCUCCCUCUGCUCCCAGCCCCACUAAGGCAUGUGACAGUAGUCACUUCUGUGCACACAGGGCUAACCAGGGCCCGGACCUUCCUUAACAUGUUUGCACCACCAGCUCCGUGACAGUAUUUGUGUAUUUACCAUGAUGUCGCUGAGUAAUCGAAAAACGAGGUGCAAAAAAAAUACUGACAAAAGUCUGACUCGUGGUGUGAAUUACACAGCAGAGGUGGUGAGUAACAUAAGUUGGCCCUAGCUGGCCGAAGACGUUGAUACGGGUGCAUAGCACACCUCUGACAACCAGCUGCUGUGACAGACACACACAAGCUAUUUCUAACACUGAAUGACACCUUUUUCUUACCUUGUUUUUCAAGGGUGAACUUAUUUUUUAUACCCCAAGAAUUUCUACUGUAUCCACAUGGUGCACUGUAAAACAAUCUGUUCCUUUUUGCCAUCUUCAAUGUUGAAUGUGUGACUCUGUUAUUGUAACAGAAAAAAUGCAGCAUGCUGUUCUACUCAAACCAGCCCCACCUGUUUUAUUACUGAAUAUGAGGUGUUCACUCCGCCACUGAUAAACACCACUGUGGUUAUGUUAAAGGAAUAGUUCAGGUUUUUUUAAAGUGGAGUUGUGUGUAAUACUUAUCCAUAGACAAUAUAUUACACACAGUAGAUGUCAGCCAGCAGGCCCCCAGUUUGGAGAAGCAGGCUGGAAUCUGACAUGGAAGCUAAGCAAUGCACUACUGUGGAUGGGGGCCAGCAACAAAGUCAUUUGUUUGAUUCACAAAAAAAAUCCCACAGUUUAAGUUUGUGCUAUAUUUAGAAUAUUUUCACCACUUUACCUUCAUGUCAGACAGUGAUUUCCAACUGGAAAAUUAAGCCAUUAUAACGCGCUCUCUUCACAGCCAGACUCCAUUGAGAAAAACAGUGAUUUAACAUUGCUGAACACAGGAGCUGCUGGUGUACUGCUGCCUCCCUCAGUUCGUUUGUUUAUGUCAUUGUGUGACUUUGGCGAUUACACGGGUUCAUUUUGAUUCACCGAAGUCACACAAUAGCACAAAUUAACUCACUAAUCAAAGCAGCAGUAGGCUAGCAGCUCCCAUGUUCGGUGAGCUUAAAUUACUGUUUUUGUCAACGGGGUCUGGUGGCUUUGGGGAACUGAAGCUAUUAAAGGCAAAGUAGUUAAGAUAUUCUCAAUAUAGUGUACUCUUAAACUGAUGUUGAUUUUCUUUAAGUGGGAUUUUUUAGGUGGCUAAAAUAUGUUUAUCGCUGGCCCCCAUCCACAGCAGUACAUUGCUUAGCUUCUGUGUCAGACUCCAGCCUGCUUCUCCAAACUGGGGGCGUGCCGACUUAAAUCUACUGCAUGCAAUAUGCUGUCUAUGGAUAAGUAACUCAUACGACCCCACUUCAAAAAAUUGAAACUAUGCCUUUAAAUUCAGCCCGGGCUAUGAUUAGUGCUUGUGAUUGUUUUCGCUGAGAACCACUUUUCUCCUCUAAUCACAACACGCGUGUCGUCCCUAUGAAAGGGAAGAUUCUUCUCCAGAAAAAAGGAAGGCCUUUCUGUGUCAAACUGUGAGCUAAACCAGAGAGUAAACUGUGGCUGGCUUUAUGUGUUGAUCUGUGUAAGUUCUGUAAGACUCAGAAAUGUAUGUUACACUUGUACAGACGUGUCCUCUAUACCUCACAUUGUUUUUCCUCGAGAGCAUGUACAUUGUGAAGAGGAUUUUGCAAGUCUCCUUGUCUCUCUGUGUCCCAUCUUUCUGUGUCGCAUGUUCCUCAUAAUCCUCUCAUGUCAAAGUCCUGAACAGGGCGAGUCUUUUUACCAGGCACUGUUGUAUUUUGUGAGAGUUUAUUUUCUGCCCUCCUGAAAGUUUACACGGGCACUAAACUUUUCAGUGUUCUAUCUCGAUCACACAAUAUAAAGCUUGUCGAAUGAUUUGUACCGGAGAGACGAGAAGGGUUCUAUUUUUUAGUUUUAUGCAGCACAUUGCAGCAACCACUGUCUUUAUUUUCCUAUUGUAUCUACUGAGUAUGGUGUUGAUAUAAAGAUAUUAUAAUAAUGAGACAUAUCUGUGUAUAUUUGUACAUAUGUAAUUCUGAAUUGUAUGUAAAAAUUAAAAGCAGCUUUAAUAAAGUCUGAGAUGGUU